UUUACAACUCCCUCAACCAGUCAUCAUUCCGUCUCAGAACCUAACCAUGAGGGCUCUUUUACUCACGGCUCUUUUCGGCCUUGCGCUUGCUGAUAGACGCACCCCAAGCAAUGGUUAUGGUGCUCCACCAAGCAACAACUACGGAGCUCCUCCAAGCAACUCUUAUGGCCCACCCAGAAAUUCAUAUGGAAUAGAUCCCACCAUUGCCGCCUUAGCCGAAAAUAUCCCUGGAGGUGGAGUCCCUGGAGAGGACUACCCAAUCUUGGCCUCUGUCCCUGAUACCGGAUUCGACUGCAACGCCCAGAAUGUCCCGGGAUAUUACGCUGACACUGACCCCGAGGCUGGCUGCCAGGUCUUCCACAUCUGCCAGGACAGGCCCAAUGGACGUCGUCAGCAGGACUCCUUCCUCUGCCCCAACGGCACCAUCUUCAACCAACAGUACCUCGUCUGUGACUGGUGGUUCAACUUCGACUGCGCUGACGCUGAAGACUUCUACUCAGUCAAUGAACUCAUUGGAGUUCAGCCUUAUGGAUAUGGACAAAGUAACGGCAAUGGCAACGGCUCUAACGGUAAUGGUUAUGGCUCUAAUGGUAACAGAAAUGGCAGGAAGAAUGGCAAUGGCAAGAGGAACGGUAAUGGAAAUGGCAAUGGUUAUGGAGCUAAUGGUAAUGGUGCCAAUGGUUUCCUUAAUGACAUCUACGGUCCACCUGCUGCCCCCAGCAAUGGCUAUGGGGCACCUGAAGCUCCUAGUAACAGUUAUGGCGCCCCGUUCUAAAACUGUCUGGGCAACACUUGGUAUCAAAUAUUUAAAUUUUGUGUACAAUUUUACUUACAAUUCCACGCAUACAAUGGUUCUUCAAAUGUUCCUUACUAUGCAACUAAAACCCAAAUAUAAGUUAUAAAGUUAUAUUUA